GAUUAUGGUAUGUUCCGUUACCAAGGUGCUUGGCCCAAGCUCCUCACAAAGAUAUGUAGCAGGCCACCACGAGCCUUCUGCAAUGUUGACAAUCAUAGCUUGCCGGAUAACCGAAUAUUACCAAGUUGAAGUUUUUUUUUUUUCUUCAGGAUUUUACUAUUACUGUUUGUAGGCUGUGCUAAAUAGUUAAAAAGCCAAGGGUAACUUUUUCCGAGCUAGCUAACGCGCUGCGCUCGGUUGUUAGAAGUGGUCAGCUGGAACUAGUUGGUUAGCUAGCUAUGUAGCUAAAUACAGCUAGCAGUGACCAGAGAAAGGCCAAACAGAAACGGUGUUUGCACGAGUAGGGACGUGUGUGUGGUUUCUGUCUGCGUCUGUGGCUAAUUAGGCGUUAAGGGUUAGCAACUUUGUUUAGACGUCUCGGAGUUUGUUCUAUUAAUGUCUACAAACCCUGUGAGUAAGAUGAGCAACAGGUUUAUCGGUGCACUGGUCAGUCACUGUGUGGCGUGUGUGCAGCAUUAAUAGCACUUUCUAUAACUGUGUCUGUGGAAUGAUGAUUAGGAGAAUAUAUGAUCAGUUUGGUUUGGUUAUUAAAUGUUGGAAACGACAUGCUGGAGUGUACUCUGAGUGCUGUGAGCUGAUUUACAAGUGAUGAGUGGACUGCUGUUGGACUUCAGCUGGCCAUGGAACAGAAACAGGAUAAAACCGAGCUGAAGGAGCUCUUCAUGCGCUUGGAGAAGGAUGGCGUCCCACCUCAGGCCUCGGCGGAUGAGCGUCAGCGCCACUUGUGGCGUCUUCUCCAGAGCAGCGAGGGCAGCCUAGCCUCAGCCACACAGGAGCUACAGGCUCUCCGCGAACAGCAGGCCAGCGAGAUGAAAGAGGUGGAGAAUUAUGUGGAGCAUAUUCGAAACAUGUUAGAGGAGCGUGAGUGUCUGACAGCUGAAUAUGAGCGGGACAAUGAACAGCUCCGCGCUGAGCUUGAGCAGAUAAAGCACCAGCAAGAGUGCCAAUAUAAAGAGGUGAUGGAGAUGCUGGAGCAGGAAGGUCUCGCUGAAAUCAGUAACAGCAGUUCCAGUGAGCAGGUGGCUUACCUGCUGGUAGAAAGAGUCACCUUGCUGGAGAGGUUGGAGGCUGCAGAGAGGAAGCUCGAUACUCAGACCCUGACAGGGAACCUUAGAGAGGUCCACCUGCAGGAGGAACUGGACCACAUCCGGCACACACUGGAGGAGGAGCUCAGGCAGCAAAAGGAAAUGAUGCGGCUCACUAAAGAGAGUAUGAGCAAGGGAAAAGAAUCUACAGCUCAAAGCCCAUGGAGGAAGCUCUUUGGUGUGCACAAGGCAACAAAAAUGGCACAGAGCCUCCCUCUUGCCCACAGUGCAGAACUGGAGCAGGAGCACACAGAAAGGAAGAAGCUAGAGAGGGAUCUGGAAGAGGCGUCCUGCAGACUCACUAUGGCUCAUCAGGAGAUUCGCCACCUAACUGAUGAGCUAGAUCUGGCUCGGAAAGCCCAGGAUGCUUGUGGCCCUGACCUGCAGACAACUGGAGAAGAAGUGGCACGGCUAAAACAGGAAGUAGAACAAUUAAAGCAGUGUGAUAUGGUGGAGUUGCACAAGGCAAAGGAGCACAAUGAGAGACUUGACACAGAGAUUCGGGCACUGAGGGACAGAGUACGUUCCUUGGACUCUGAGAGGAAGACUCUUUUGAAAAUGAUUGAGAAUUUUAAGAUACAUCCUAAUUAUGGAGGCAAACCUGCAAUGGAUCAUGGAUCUACUCAAACUGUACAGGUUGAUGAAAAUGUGGAUCAUUCAGAACGGUCAGGUACAUCAUUAAAUGAUGAAAAGGAUCAACUUCAUAAAAGCAGGUGUCGAAGAGAAUCUGAGGAUAAGGACUGCCGUCUUCGGGAGCUGGAGAGGAGGCUGCUAAAGCAGCAGCAGGAGCAUGAGGAGCUGGUGGAGAGGAACGAGGAGCUGGAGGCACUGCUAGGGGAGGCACAGAACAAAGCGAAAGAGGAGCGAGAGUGCCACGAGUGUGAAGUGGACAGCUUGCAGAGAAAGAUUAAAAACAUAGAGGCAGAGUUAAAUGCAAAGAAUGCCCAUGAGAAGAGACCUGUGGAGAAGAGUGAUCAGACUAAAGAGACUAUCUCCGAGCUACAAGGUGGUAUUCAAGAGAGACUGACGUUUCUUGAGAGUCGGCUUGCUGAGGAGAAGGACUGGAGGAAACAGUUAGAAGUGGACUUAGCAGUGGCCCAGUCGUCUCUGAAAAAAGAGAAGCAGGCACUGCAGAGAGAGCACGAGGAACUGAAGAAAUUACGCAUAGAGGUGCAGAGCUUACAGGCUGAGUGUCAGCAAGGGAAAUCCCUUAACAUGAGCCUCACACAGAUAAAAGGAGAAAAGGGAAUUUUGGAAGAAAAGGUGGCCCAGUUGGAGCGUGCUCGGUCACGGCUGCAGGACGACCUGGCACAGCACAUAGAGGGCAGCAGAGUGCAGGAGGACCUGAGAGAGAGCAGGGAGCAGGUGACACAGCUUAAUGCUCUAGUUGAACAGCUGCGAUCAGAACUGUGUAAACUGGAGAAAGAACACAGCACACUGAGGAAUGAGAUGGUGGAGAAGCGCAAGCAGGUGAUGGAGCUGCAGGCCGAGCUGAGUACCAGAGCCCAGGAGAGGCUGCAAGCCGAGGGCCAGGCGGAGCGGCUCGGUCUAGAACUGCAGCUCAAGAACGAACAACUCCAUGCUGUCAGGCAGGAGAGAGCACGUGACCCUAAUCCCAAAUCUUCUACAGGAAAGGAUGACGAGCUCAGCCAGGUGGCAUGUGCGAAGUCAGAGAUGAGUAAGCUGCACACCACCCUGGAGCAGGAGAGACUUCUGGCUAGUCAGCACCAGCUGGCGCUGCAGGCUCAGAUCAGUGAAGCCCAGGCCCGGGUCAAGGCUCAGGACUCUGUCCUGCAGCAGAAGGGUGAGGAGAACAAGCAGCUAAAGCACGACCUGCAGCGGACCCAGCACCUCUUUACUUCAGCUGAACGAGAGCUGCGUUACGAGAGGGAGAAAAAUCUUGACCUUAAGAGACAUAAUGCACUUUUAGACCAAGAGAAGAUCAAGCUGUGUGCAGAGCUGAAGCAGGCUCAGGCCAAAUUGGCACAGCUGGAGGCCAGUGCAGCAGCACAGGCGGCAGAGCUGGAGCAGCUGCAGCAGAGAGCCAGGGAGCUGGACCUGGAGCUCGCCAGGAACAGCCAGAACAGACAGAGCAGCAGUAGCCUCCGGGAGGAGCUCAAUGCUGAGAGAGCGCGGGUUAUUGCUGCUGACAAGAAGGUGUUGGAGCUUCAGCAGCAACUGAAAAACGCUCUGCAUCAGUUGCGUCUGGAGGAGGCCAGAGCUGGAGAGACCAGCAAGUUGGAGAGAGAUACCAGAGACAUGUCUGAUAACUUGUCUUCCCUCCGAGCUAAAUUGCAGGAAGAAAAGCUGCAGAGGAAGUUAGCGGAGCAGAGGGAAGAAGAGCUGCAACAGCAGGUGCGCUCUCUGCGUACGAAAGAGGCCACCCUCAGUCGCGCUAACUCUGAGCUCUCCCACCGCUCCCAGCAGAUGGAGACAAGGCUGGAGGUGCUGGAGAGUGAGCUGAGCUCUGCCAAGGAGCAGCAGAGCCUCAGUCAGAAGAGUUGCCAUAAACUGGAAGAGCAGCUCAUGUCCUCCCAGCAGGAGUCUGAAAGACUGCAGGAGGAGCUACAGAAUAUCCUUCAGCAGCUUGAUACCAACAUCAGGCGAUACAACGAAAAACAUUCUGUACAUAAAACCAAGCUACGCAGAGCGAAGCAGUUGUUCAUGAAGGCAACCACCCAGCGAGACAUGAAGAUCCAGAAGCUAGAGAAUGAUCUCGCACUUGCAAUGAGUCUGUCUGAGAAAGAAAAGGACUGGAUUAGGACUGUGACUGAGGAGAAUGAGCAGCUUCUGCUGGAGAGGCGAGACUUGCUGAGGAGGAUAACUGAGGCUGAGGAGAUGGGCAACAACGGAAUUAGAACAGCUACGGACACGCAGCAGAGGUUGAAAUUCUUGGAGUUGGAGAAUAAGCAGCUUCAGGAUAAAACCCUGAAGCUGGCCAACCAGAUCGGAGUUUUAGAACGAGCACUGAGAAAUCUUCAAUCAGUGUGUAAUGCUGAGGAGGUAAAGAAAUUCUUUCCCUCUGGUAUUGUUCCUGAUGGCCUCUUGCAGACAUCGAGUCCGAAGCUGGGGCUCCGUGACUCGUGGGGAUUAUUGGAUGCCAUCUGCCGGGUUAAAGUGGGCGAGCACGUCAAAAGCCUGGAGUCUUCUCUCUCUUUGCCCACCUCUCAACCAUCAGAGAUUGGCUACCUGAAUGUGAGCUCCUCCAUGGCUCCCAAUGUCACCCAGCAUCAGGAGGAGAACCACAGCGUCUCCAGCGAAGAUGCCUGAGGAAACCGCUCCUUAUUACCAAGAUUGCCAACUAUCUCCAGAUUUAUAGCCAGUCUGUAGUAAUUGUCACUGGGUCAGAAGUUGCCUGAUCAAAGAUUGACAAGACAUUAACUUGAGACAAGUAACAAGACAAAGCUCAUUACAGAUCAGUUCAGUGUUGGCUGCCAUGCUCUGAUAUGUUUUGAUUUUGUUAGUAAUGUGAUAAGAUUUCACUGUGGAACCGAAGAGAGUGAAUCUGACUGUGAGGACAGGAAGAGGAAGUCCUGCCUUUUCACAUCAGUUUUGUAGGUGAUUCACUUUUUCUUCAAAAAUGCUUCCUUACAUCCAAAUAGGAGGGCUGAUUCUGUACAGUGCUUAUAUAUGAAAUCAUGGCUAACUGGUAGCCAGAUUAUCCAAAAAAGGUACUUGUUUUAGUAAACUAUGUCACUGUGACUGAAGCAAUCAUUAUCAUUUUUUAAAGUUUUUUUUUUUAUUAUUACUGUAAUGUAUAACAUUCUCCCUUAAUUUUACUCAGGGUCAUUACCCCUCAGCUGAGUUUAUUGCCUUUGCCACUCGUAUCCUUUAGAGGUCCCCAAUCCAGUACUUCAGGGCUCUUGUGUAUUCCAGAUAGCCAUAAAGCUGAGCCUUGUGAUCAAAAUUAAACAGCCACUCACCUGACCCUCCUAUUGUCAGUGCUGGGAAAUGUCAAAGGAAACAGAUUGUGAUUCUCCAGAACCCAAGUGGUUUGUUAUUUGCAGUAACCCCAGGUAACUGCUUAUUGACUACGCAGGGUAGAGGAUUUGGCAAGCUGGAUCAAUGUGUAAUGAGUAACAAAAUGUUCAGUGUUUUUGAAACAUUCAAAAGCAAUAUACUUCAUCUGAUAUUAAGGCCAAAGCACAAAUUACAGCCUUAUAAAAGCUGGGGGGAGAAUGGUAAGAAACCUUUUUUGCGGUGCAGCUGUUACAUGCAUUGUGUUUUAUAUAUGUUUUUAAUUUGGUAAUCCAUAAAGGAGACAUGAUACGAUAGAGAUUUAAAAGAAGAGGAUUAGCUAAAGCACUUUUAAUGUCAAGUGGUACGUUGUGAAUGUUUACAAUUAGAAAAACACUUUUUUCCACUUCUGUGUGUUUGGGAUCCAGGUGAAAUCUGGUACAAAAUGAUUGGCAGCAGGGUCUAAAGCAGCAGUGAUGGCUAAAGCACAUUUGCAAGUUUAGAUCAGUGUAUGUGUCAGCACUCAACAUUUUAGGAACAUGGGAUAACUGGGACCUAUAUCUAUAAAAUAAAUCAUAGUUAAUACUUUAUGAUUUCCUCCAGAGGGUUAUAUGUAAUUAUAUUAAUAUUCUCCUAUUCUCCAUUAACCUGCCAUCUGAUCAUGGCUGAUAUUCAGUUGAUGGUCUUGUACUUAACCUGCUCUCAUAUUCCCAUAUUUCUUAGACCAAAAAUAUUGUACAUGUGCGCUCCCUAGCCUUGGUCUGGUUCAUGAUACAGACCACGACACAUGGAAUUUCAUGCCUCUAAAAGGAGAAUGACUUCUACUACUAAUCAGAUUUUAUUGUAUUUAAAGUCAGGUCUCACUUUUAUUUAAUACACUUUAGAACUGAGGGUACUGUAAGCUAAAUUGAGUAGUGUAUUAGACAAUACAGUACUUUAAUAAUUACUUCAAAGCCUGUGCUCAUGGCUGAAAUAUUGCACUACAGUAGUUAAAGUACGUUGCUUAUUAUGUUAUCAUUUCCAGUCUUAUAUGAAGAGCCUUACAGUGUUGUUUGAUAUGUACAGAAUAAGGUACAUGGGUAUUGAUUUUUUAUUUUAUUGUGUGAUGUAUUAUUAUUUACUACAUUAUAAUCAUCUGCUGAAAAAAAAAUCACUAUCCUGCAUGUUUUGACAAUAAUGAAUCCUCAUGGCAUUUAUUAUAUUCUACUGUUGAACAACUGAGCACACAAAUGUGUAUUUUCUUAUUAAACAGUGAUUACAUUUUCAUUGUUGUACAGUUCUUUGGUUUUUCAGAGGAUAGAACAGCAUAUUCAGUUAAAAUAUAUAAACUAUAAAUAAACAGUAUAAACCACCAAUUCAAGCAAAGUAGAUGUUAACAGACCAUAAACAAGUACCAAAAUUUGUUUUUUUGUUUUUUUAAUUUUGCUCCAACCAUAUAGAGAGUUUGCAUCAGUUGAACACUAGUACAAAUGUCACCUUUAUACAUAUACUUAUGCUUCACAUGCAAAUAUUCCCCAACUCACUCUUUAUCAAGCACCACUUGAUUGAUUGAUUGUGCUAUAUUACUUAGGAAUUAUGCUUGAAAUUUGAAGAUGUAAUUUGUUGAAAGUAAUGAAUAAGUGAUAUAAAACAAUAUUUGUUACUGUAGCUGCUGUCUUCUCUAUUCCAAAAGUUACUUUAAAAGAUGAGUGCUCUGACCAAAUUUCAAAGAAUAAUCAUAACUUUGCAUGCUAUUAUUUGAUAAGGUUUUUUGUAUUAUUAUUUAAUGAUUUUUGUAACACUUUAUGUUAAGGGUUCCUUAACUUGCAUUGUGUACUGCAUUAGUUAACAGUAACAGACCAUGAACUUCCACAUGUAAAGUGAUAAAUCAAAUUAAUGUUAAGAAAGUAAUAAAGAUAAUGUAUUAAUUGACGUUUGUUUAAAUGUUACGGUGAUACUCCUACAAUGAGUGUUUAUUCAGUUCAUGUUUAAAAAUAGUUCCACAUAAAUUGGCAAACAUUUUAUUACAGCAUGUUCUGAAAAAUGUUGAUAAUGAACUCUGUCUUCAGGUGUAUAUUGUGGAACUUGCAUUUCAGAUUCAGUUCUGAAUACUGUCAGUUUAUUAAGGGAUUGGUUUACAUUGCCGAUCGUGGCCUUAAUUUUACUAAAAGAUGAGCUUUAAAAAAUGGUUUAUGCAGGUUCUGAAUAUUUAUUAUUCAUUAUUUCAUUCAUUUAUUACUAAGCAAUUUAUGUGUUCAUUACUUUGUUAAUGUUGCAUAUGGUUUAUUAAUGCUGAAGUACAUGGUUUGUUCAUGUCAUCUAAUGCAUUAAAUAAUGUCAGUUAAGUGAAUGUCAA